AUGAUCACAUUCGUACCUCUUUCGGUGCCCUAUGCUGCGGUAGGCUCCGAGACGAGCGUACGCACCAAACACGAAUCCGAUGCAUCUGAACAAGAGCAUCCCCGUGCACUCGCCUACUUACUUCAGAUGGACGAUGUUCGUGUUCUCAUCGACUGCGGGUCACCCGAAGACUUUGUCUUUUCCAACUCAGUAUCGGCAUCAACAUCCGACAACCAUGAUGGCAAGGCAGAGUCUUCUUCGAUGGCUCAGCAACGCGAAGCGUCUGACCCAACAGCUUCUUUCGAUCUGGAUCAGCUCAAAGCAGCUCCUCUCGACACGUUGCUGCGUCAACUAGCACCCACAAUCGAUCUCGUCCUUCUCUCACACUCUUCUCUCGAUCAUUUGGGUCUCUUUGCCUAUGCUCACGCUAAGUUGGGACUGAGGUGCCAAGUGUAUGCGACAAUGCCAGUCCAGAGCAUGGGAAAGCUAACUGUGCUUGAAGCAAUCCAAACGUGGAGGAGCGAGGUGGAUAUCGAGAAGGAAUCUAGCUCGUCUUCUUUCAACACACACCGCUGCUUACCCACCGCAAACGAAGUCGAGGAUGCAUUCGAGGAGAUCAAAACAGUCCGAUACAUGCAGCCUACGCAUCUUGAGGGUAAAUGUGCCAGUUUGACGUUAACAGCCUACAACGCAGGUCACUCACUCGGAGGUGCUAUUUGGAAGAUCCGCUCUCCUACCUCUGGUACCGUCGUCGUAGCGCUCGAUUGGAAUCACAACAGGGAAAGACACUUGGAUGGGACAAUCCUGCUCUCCUCCUCCGCUGCUGCUCCUGGUGCACCAGGAUCCGGCUCUGGAUCAGAUGCAGUUCGCCGUCCCGACCUCCUCAUCACCGAAAUUGAACGCGGUCUCGUCACCAACACCCGCCGAAAAGACCGGGAUGCAGCACUCAUCGACCUCGUCCACACCACCAUCCAAGCUGGCAACUCGCUUUUAUUCCCGAUCGACGCAUCAGCACGGUUGCUCGAACUUAUGGUUUUGCUAGAUCAGCAUUGGGCCUAUGCCUACCCACACGCACGAUUCCCACUGUGCUUGAUCAGCCGAACGGGGAAAGAAGUCAUCGAACGAUCCCGAACUUACAUGGAAUGGAUGACUCGCGAAUGGGCCACAAAAGCAAAUGAAACCAUCGAAGCCAACCAAGAUAAAUCCAAACCCCCAAACCGAGGAAAUCGAUCCGCUGCAGCAUCUUCACCACUCGAUUUCAAGUACGUGAAAGUUUACUCUUCGCUGCAAGCUAUGGAUGAAGCUAUACCGCAAGAUCAGGCGAAAGUAGUGCUUGCUGUUCCGCCAUCUAUGACGCAUGGUCCGAGUAGGAGGUUGCUUGCGAGGUUCGCGAAGAAUCCGAACGAUGUUGUAGUGUUGAUCUCGCGCGGUGAACCCGGAUCGCUCUGCCGGCAGCUGUGGGAUGCUUGGAAUACUAACCAAGGGAAAGGUUUUGCUUGGGCACAGGGGAAGCUUGGUGAAGCAGUCACACCUAACACGAGGGUUCGGUUCGAACUCAAGAGUAGAGUCCCGCUAGAAGGUGAGGAACUCAGAGCGCAUUUAGAGGCUGAGCAGGCGGAGCGUGAUCGACAAACACAACAGCGCGCCCUUCUCGCACGAUCCCGACGACGAUUGGAAGCUGAUGAAGAUGAGUCUUCCGACGAUGACUCCGGUUCGGAUGGCGAAGGAGGUGAGGGGGAGAACAUCUACGAUGUUGCCAACGAAGCAGGUGAACCCGGCGCAGGCACGCUCGUGCGCAAACGACCCUAUGGCGCAGCUUUCGCCGAACCCACCACCACCGUUGCCAACGGUGCAUCCGGGGCAGGAGGGGACACAAACCAACUUAGCUACGACAUCUAUCUCAAAGGCAACGCCUCACGUGCAACAUCUUUCUUCGGUUCCAAAGCAGGCCAAGAAGGACCCUUCGGCCUGGGUGUACGUUACCGACUCUUCCCCGCCAUAGAACGAAAACGAAUGGUGGACGGGUUCGGAGAAGUCAUCGAUGUCGCACGUUGGCUUUCUCGUCGACGAGCUCUUGAAGCGGCUGAAUCGGCAGCUGCUGAUACACUUUCGCCCGAAAACGCCGCUCUCAGCCUCGAAGCGAAACGGAAAAAAGCUGCGGAAGAAGAAGCCCGGCUCGCUGCUGCUAUCCCGUCCAAAUACAUCACCGAACAAAUCGAGGUGAAACUCGGGUGCAGAAUCGCUUUUAUCGAAAUGGCCGGUCUCAACGACGGCCGAGCACUCAAGACUCUCAUCCCGCAGUUGCAUCCGAGGAGAUUGGUAAUGGUGAAUGGAGAUGAGGGUACAAAAGAGGAUAUGUUGGGUGUUUUGGCGGCAAUUAAAAGUCUGACCAAGGAUGUAUUUGUACCGAGGUGGAUGGAGAGUGUUCAGAUUGGUGAGGUGACCAAUUCGUACACGGUUAAACUAGGGGAGGGGUUACUGGCUGGAUUGGAGUUGAGUCGGUUUGAAGAGUUUGAAAUUGCGCAUGUUAGGGCAUUGGUUAAGGGUGCGAUUGGUGCAGAAGCGGGAGUGCCAGUUCUCGAGACCGAGAACGCCAUUGCUGCUGCCACUGCCGCCGGCGGGGAGGAGGGUGGAGAGGCUGCGGCGGCGGCAGCGCAGGAAGGAGUGCUGGUCGAACUUGCUUCCUCCGGCAUCAUCCGUUCCAACACUCAGCCAGCAUCCGACGAAGACCCCUCCCUAAUCCCCAAUGUGGAGCAUUUGACAGGACGAAACAUCCAAGCAACCCUCCUUGCCCCCACCAUUCCCCACGCCACCCCCAUACCAGGAACACUCUUCAUCGGCGACCUAAAGCUAUCAACUCUCAAAUCUGCCCUCUCUUCUUCGCCGUUCAGGCUACCAGCAGAUUUCGCAGGAGAGGGAAUGUUAGUUUGCGCUCCAGCUGGGUCAACUACGGGACCGGAUGCAGUGACGAUACAGAAACAAAGUAAAGGGAGAAUUGUGAUCGAAGGAAAUGUGACAAAGAGUUUCAGAAGUGUCAGGGAGGCGGUUUACGGGUUGCAUGCUAGAGUUGCUGGUGGUGCCGGAGGAGCAACUCAGGUGGGAGGAGUAGAAACACAACUGUAA